CGAAGGGCCGAGCCGAGCCACGAGUAGCCAGUGAUUUGACUCUAUGUAGAAUGAAACUCUGUCCCACCUGCGCGGACAUCUAUUCACGCGAAGACGAAAAAAUAGAAACGAAGGACAGUGAAGAAUCAUGCGGACAAAUUACGAGUACAAAUGCCUCAACACACGCGCAAGCCGGAGGCGUCACGUGUAUGAGCUAUAGACACCAUAAAAAGCAAAGAUCGGCACACAGAGCGAGACAGACCCUGUCGCGGCCAUGCUCGCACGUACAUUCGCGGGGUCGACAUAAUGAACGCGUUACUGCUUACACCCCCAACCGUGGGCGGCGGCUGAGCCUCUGGAACACUCGUUCGGCAUUGACAAAGCCGGCGCCUGUCACACACAGAGAGAUGACACUGAGAUGGGCCAGGCCCUCCGUAUUCUUCUGCUCAGCUGCCUGACCUGUCUUAGAGUCAAACCCUUCGUCAAACUGGGCUGUAGCGGGAUCUGGAUCAGCACAGAGAGAGCAAUACAAGCCUCACCCCGACUGCACAUGGGCACCUCGACUGCACAUGGGCACUGACCGUUCAUAUCGUCAGCUGUUUCCAUCACCAGUUGCUGAAUCUCCUUUGGCCUGAGUGCUUUGUCGAAGUCUAGCAUCAAGCCUGCCGGCAGAGGAACAGAGGUGCGUCGUUUUCUGAUGGGGUGGACUUGUCUCACUGACCUGCCAGUCCGGCGAUGUGAGACGCUGCCGCUGUGCUGCCACGGAAGUCUGAUGAUUCACUCAAGCGCACACACUACACGUGCAGCCACUGGUGCGCUUGACGCCUGAAGUACUCACUUGAGGCCCCACUUAUACGACAGACACACACAAAAAAAAAACACACACAGAGCCAUAGAUAAUCGGUCGUCCAGGCAUCGUUCUACGCCCGUUCGUGCGCUCACUAUAAUCUCGUCUUGGUACCUGAAGCGAAAUUUGCCGAUGAGCGUGUCACCAAAAGCGUGUCGGUCGUUUUCGUACCAUCAGGCCCUAUGAAAUUUGGUCGCAUUCGAGCUUGUGGCGGGGUGAUGCGCCUGCCUUGUGCAUCAAAGGACUUUUGGAACGCACCUGCACGCAGCCCACCAGAUGGAUACGCACGCUCUUCUGGCUCUUAUACUUGCCUCGCGAAGAGCUGCGUCUGACUUUAGCUGGCGCGGUCCCGAACGCUGGGGUGCUGUUGUAGAAGGCGGCACCUACGCUCGACGCGCCAAGGGCAUUCACUCUUCCGAAGCCGGAAACCACACGGCUAGGCGGCGCGAACUUUGACAGGUUCUGCGCCAAAGUCCCGUCACCAAGAUCAGGGUUGACGAGCGCGAUCACACCCGGGUCUGGCCCCGGACUGAGGAGGCACAAAGAAAGGAAAGGGAUGUUUGUGUGUUUUCUCGUCAUCCUCGGGACAGAUACCGACACCGACUCACUCGAUUCCCAGUGGUGGGAUGAACUUGCCCACUUUGAUCGUAACGUCCGUGAAGGUGUCGGAAAACAACGGCGAAAUCACUUCGAUCGGAUCGUUAUUCCUACUCAAAAGGAGAAAUAGAAACACACAAGUGCCUUUUGACGACUCGCACAUAUACAAGCACCUGUUGUUUUCGGUCGCCGCAAUAAGAAGCUCGCCAUUCUUGUCAAAGACGAGGAGAUCCAAGUCGGUCUGUGCCCCCACACCACCAACGCUCUUGUACUACAGAACAGUCAGACAGAGAGAGAGACAGACAGACAGCAGACAGACCACACCGUGGCUCUUCACCCACCGGUGACUUACAUUCUGAUCCCACUGAAGGAUCAGGUCCAACGCAAAGCCCCCCAUAUUCUCCACGAGGGUCACAUUCAGUGAGGUGGAGUUUGUGGCGCUCCACACGUGAAACUCGUACGUGAAGAUCGCGUCCUCGUAUGUCGUGAAGUCGACGGUCUCACGUAAGCCCGAAGAACGGAAGGGCUCCCAAAACCUGCACAAGGAUUUCCGUCGAGAUGCGUUCACCCCUUUUCCCCUUGACCACCUACCCCCUGUCUGCAUUGUCCCCAUGCGCCGCAAUGUACGAGACCCCCGACGUACGAGCGACAUUGUCGAUUGCCUUUUCGACCACGCCAGGAGCGAAGAAAGGUCUGCAGUAGCCAGGCAACCAGAGCCUGCUGCUUUCGUCUGGUAGGCGAAAGAAGUGGAUACUCGUAGUAGGACUGCGAAGAAGUGUCGUCCACGAUGACUUCGCAUUCUGUCUCUUUGGCAAGCCGCUCGAUGCCUGCACAACAAUGAUUGGCUGGCUGGUUGUUGUGCAUCAAUUGCAUCACGUCGAUCACCUGUCGCAAGGCUAGCCUCUCCCCUAGCGGAUGAAUGGAACACGAAUUUCGGCAGACCCGGAACCUACAUGCAUAUGGAUUUCAUUUUCAAAGCCAUCAUGACCUGCAGAAAACGGUUACAACAUCGUAAAUCAGCUCCAUCAUGCCAGUGCCCUAUAGCAAGUCAGAGGACACAUGGAGCGGAAUGCCAUCCGUGACCACUGUAUACUCUUCCGUGUACCCGUGCGGCGCACAGGAAAAAACAGUUCUGGACAAACAAGUACAUAAUACAAAUCAACCCAUUGGGCCCACCUACUCCCUUCUCCGCAUUGGUCUUACCUUCAACGCUUCCACUUUCCUCGGUAGUUCACACUUCUGCUUAAGAUCGCCUCCAUCGUGACUGUCAGACAAGACGCCUGCAAGAGUCAGAUAAGCUCAUACUCCGUGUCGACCUACUGACUCGUUGCUCCACCAACCGAUGCACUUGAGGGAUCUGCCGUCCAGUGGCCGUCCGUUGACAUUGUAGGUGCGUCUCACCACGUCGGUACCCAUCGCCCUAUCGCCCUGCGACACCACACGCCGGCUGCAGUCACGCUGCUGUCUUGGAGCAUCUCCCGUAUCCCUUCGGUGGCCGCGCAUCGGCCAGCGGCUCGUCGUUCUGACAGCGUGAACAAUUGAAAUCCCUUCGACAUCUAGCAUGCGUCCAAUCGAAUCAUAUCUGUGUCGACAGGCAACGCGUGUGACCAGAUGAGAGGCGCAACCGCAUCCUUUCUGUAUCCUUCGUCCUCACGGCAGCAUCCCCGAGACGAUGCGUUCGUAACGGACCAGAUCUCGCAUGCCCAAGGCCCGUAGCGUUGCCUCGAGCGUCUUCACUCCUGCCUUCUGCUUGAUGGUCACGUCCACAUAGACGCCCUCCGGAGUAACCCUUGUCCCCGUCGCACGGGAAAACUCGGCCAGCUUCGACGGCGAGCGGAAGAGGCCCCGCCAGCGGUCGAAAUUGGAGCCAGCCAGGACACCCACUUGGGCUGGGGAAUCGAAGUCGGUGAAGGGGUCGCUGACGUCAUUGCCCUUUGUCGCUCCGUGCAGACGCUACACACAAAGACAAAGAGAAAGGUAGAUGCGUACGGUCCGCAUCAUGAUGUCAGUGCUUUUCUCAGCCCCUAUACCUGCUCCCGUGCUAAGAAGUGCAACGUGACCAGGAUGGUGUCGAUGCCAAUUCUGGGCUUCGUGAAUCGUUUGAGGUCGUUCCGAAUCGAAGAGGAGUCGCCCUCAAACGAUUCAGAACCACAAAACCAGAGAACCACAAACAAGGUCAAGCGCAUACUUGGUAGCACUUCGCG